AUUGGCUGUCGGAUUGACGCCUAUUCCUGUCUCUCCUAGACCGGCUGGGUGAAGGUGAACUGUCGCUGGCAGCAAGUACCCUCUCCCCUUCUCCUCUUCCUGGUCCGUAGCGGGUUCAUUAGCUUUGUCCUCAGUCAUGUCCGUAUUCAGCGAUGUCCCGCAGGCUUCUCCUGUAGCGGUCUUCAAACUGACCGCUGACUUUAGAGAGGACAGCCACCCGUUGAAGGUGAAUCUGGGAGUUGGAGCUUACCGUACUGAUGACUCCCAGCCCUGGGUGCUGCCGGUGGUAAAGAAGGUGGAGCGGCUUAUUGUGGAAGACAGCAGCCUGAACCACGAGUACCUUCCCAUCCUCGGACUGCCUGAGUUCCGCUCCGCCGCCUCCAAGGUCGCUCUAGGAGACGACAGCCCCGCCAUCGCAGAGAACAGGGUUGGUGGAGUCCAGACUCUGGGUGGGACUGGUGCAUUGAGGAUCGGGGCGGAUUUCUUGUGGCGUUGGUACAAUGGCACCAACAAAACAGCUACGCCCGUCUAUGUGUCGGCACCCACCUGGGAGAACCACAAUGGCGUGUUUACUGAUGCUGGCUUCAAAGACAUCCGGCCAUACCGCUACUGGGAUGCUGCUAAGAGGGGCCUGGACCUGACUGGGCUCCUGGAUGACCUGGAGAAUGCUCCAGAACGUUCCAUCUUCGUGCUCCAUGCCUGUGCGCACAACCCCACUGGCACCGACCCGUCGCAGGACGAGUGGAAGAAGAUCGCAGAGGUCAUGAAGAGGAGGAAGCUGUUUGUGUUCUUCGACUCGGCCUAUCAGGGCUUCGCCUCUGGCAGUUUGGAAAGAGACGCCUGGGCCAUCCGCUUCUUUGUGUCCGAUGGCUUCGAGCUCUUCGUAGCUCAGUCCUUCUCCAAGAACUUUGGCCUGUACAACGAGAGAGUGGGGAACCUGACAGUUGUUGCUCAUGAUAGCAAGAGUCUGGCCUGCACCCUGUCUCAGAUGGAGAAGAUUGUCAGGACGUGCUGGUCCAACCCACCAUCUCAGGGCGCACGCAUCGUCAGCAAGACCCUCAACAGCCCUGAGCUGUUCGCCGAGUGGAAGGGUAAUGUGAAGACCAUGGCAGACCGCGUCCUGUUGAUGAGGGAUCAGCUAAAGACGAAGCUGCAGGCUCUGGGCACCCCGGGGACCUGGGAACACAUCACCCAGCAGAUUGGCAUGUUCAGCUUCACUGGCCUGAACCCCAAACAGGUGGAGUACAUGAUCAAACAGAAGCAUGUGUACCUGAUGGCCAGCGGUCGCAUCAACAUGUGCGGUCUGACCACCAAGAACAUCGACUAUGUCGCUCAGUCCAUCCACGAAGCCGUCACCAAGGUCCAGUAAAGUCUGCUGCCCUGCCCGCCCACUUCCUGCCUCCUGUACACAACAGGAAGUAUCAACAUGUCUGUGCCCGGCCCCUGUUUGACUUCACCUCUGAUUGGUAAACUACAGGAGAGAUUUUUCAGUUGAACCAAUGGGAGGACAGAUGUAUUUCUGUUCUCACAUGAAAAGUAAACCUUUGGGAGGUGCAAUAAUAUUAGGAAAACACUUGAACGCCUCACCCAGGUAUUGCUGUAGGCAGAGCUCCAUAUGCCCGAGUGUGUAGACAAUACAAAGUUCAAAUGUGUAGAUUUCCUGCCUUUGUCCUUUCGGUCGUCUCUGGUCACUGAAGCUGACCUGAAUGUUUGUUUCACACUGAACAUCAGAACAGUGACCAGUAAGUUUUUAAUGAAAUUGUUGUGCUCCCUUCAUAAUUUGUUGCACUUCAAGAGAUUAGUUAUGAUGUAGGGGUAAUGUACAAAUAGCAGCACCGGUAAGUUAUGUACGGUAAAUGUGUGAUACCUGUUUGAAGUCCUACACUUUCCUACUGCUUUACAUCAGCUCAACAAACAGCUGUCUUGUUUUAAUCUGCCAGUAGCAUUUUAUUUUUUAAAGUCUAAAAGAGGGGCAUUAAAG